AUGGAGGUGGGGCCGUCGAGUUCGGCCGCGAUGAGCGUGGCGAGGCGGAGGCGAGACGCGCUGGCGCAGACGCUGGCGUCGCGGAGGCUGCCGGAGGGUAUGGCGGAAGCCGGGGAGCGGGUGCCCGGAGCCGUCGCCCCCGAGGUCAUGCCCUUCCUGCGCGCCGCCGACGAGAUUGAGCCGUACAACCCGCGCGUCGCAUUCCUCUGUCGCAAAUAUGCUUUCAAGAAAGUUCAAAGAGUGGACCCAUCAUCAACCCAACGUGGUGUUCGGCAGUUCAAAACUUACAUGUCAAUUAAGCUGGACCAGGAUGACACACAAGUUCUGGGCAAUGAUGCAAAUGAGAUUCAACAGUUUUAUAAGAAGUACUGUGCUAGUAUGAGUCAUAUUUCAGAAAAGAGAAACUUUGAGGAGAUGGCUAGAUAUUACCAAGUGGCGUAUGCUCUUUAUGAAGUUCUAUGGGAUGUAACAAAUAAUAAAGUUGAUCCUCAGGUGAUGCGGUGUGCAGAAAUGGUUGAGGAAAAUGGUCGUCAUUUCAAGAACUACAAGUACAACAUUAUUCCCCUCAAUUUUCCUGGUUCUUCUGAGGCAAUUGUGGAACUUCCGGAGAUAAGAGAUGCCAUUGAUGCAAUUAGUGACAUAGAUGGCCUUCCAAUGCCACACAUGUCUUCUAUCCAAAGUCAGGGGGAUAAAUCUAUCCGAGAUGUAAUUGACUGGCUUUCACUAGCAUUUGGAUUUCAGAAAUCGAAUGUAGAAAAUCAAAGAGAAAACAUGGUUUUGCUUCUCGCAAAUAUUAGUACAAGAACUGCUGGACAGGAAGGGCAUCCUUUGGUUGAUACUGUGAAUGAACUGUGGAAAAAAAUAUUUGGAAAUUACAAGUCAUGGUGUUGCUAUUUGCAUAUUAGUUCAAGUAUCAUGAUCAGUCAUGAUGUUACAGAACAUAAGAAGCAACAGCUCAAGCUUCUUCACAUUGGAUUGUAUCUUCUUAUCUGGGGUGAGGCUUCUAAUGUUCGGUUUAUGCCUGAAUGCCUGUGCUACAUAUUCCACCAUAUGGCAAAACAGUUACAUGACAUGGUUGAUGAAAACUAUUUUCAACCACCACCAGGGUUUGAGGAAGAGGGAUCAUUUCUGAAAAAUGUCAUUGAACCUAUCUUUAAGGUUCUGCAAAAAGAAGCACAAAAAAGUAGAGGGGGUACAGCAGGCCACUCAGCUUGGAGAAAUUAUGACGACCUGAAUGAACUAUUUUGGUCCAAGAAAUGUUUUACUAAGCUUAAGUGGCCGUGGGAUCUUUCUUCUGACUUCUUUUAUCAAGGGCGCAGUACAGCAAGAAAGCCCAAGACCAAUUUUGUUGAAGUGCGCACAUUUCUGCACAUAUUUAGAAGUUUUAAUCGAAUGUGGAUGUUUUUUAUACUUGCUUUCCAGGCAAUGCUCAUAGUUUCAUGGAGAUCUUCUGGAUCUCUUUCUGGAAUUACUGAUGGAACUGUUUUCAGAAAUGUCUUAAGUGUUUUUAUCACAGCAGCUCUACUCAACUUUAUAACAGUAACUCUGGAUAUAAUGUUUACUGUACAAGCAUGGGGCAGUAUGGAGUGGACAAAGAUAGUCAGAUAUUUACUAAAAUUCAUUGUGGCCAUUGCUUGGAUAACUAUUCUUCCAUUGACCUAUUCUAGUUCCAUCAAAUACCCAUCCGGUGCUGGCAAAAUCCUAAAUAGUUGGAUUGGGAAUUGGUAUAAUGAAUCAGUUUAUAACAUUGCGAUUGCCAUAUAUAUGGUUCCGGAUAUUCUUGCUGCCUUGUUUUUCUUGUUGCCACAACUUCAGAAUGUCAUGGAGCGCUCAAAUUCACAAGUGUUGGUUCUCCUGAUGUGGUGGAUUCAGCCAAGAUUGUAUGUUGGACGUGGGAUGCACGAAGAUAUAUUGUCGAUCCUUAAGUAUGUCUUCUUUUGGGCUGUGCUGCUCAUCUCCAAGCUUGCGUUCAGUUUCUAUGUUGAGAUAUCACCAUUGAUUGAUCCAACUAAGUUCAUUCUAGACCAACAAGUUGGGAACUACGAAUGGCAUCAAAUCUUCCCUUUCUUGCCACGCAACCUGGGUGUUGUCAUUACCAUAUGGGCACCGAUUGUCAUGGUUUACUUUAUGGACACACAAAUAUGGUAUGCCAUUUUUUCCACUAUCUUCGGAGGUGUUUCAGGUGCCCUAAGUCAUGUGGGUGAGAUACGAACCCUUGGCAUGUUGAGGGCCAGAUUCAAAUCAAUUCCAGAAGCUUUCAGUAAAUGCAAUGCAACAAAACAACGAGAGCAAGCAUUUGAGCACAGAAGUUUCUUUUGUGUAUGGAAUUCAUUCAUCAAUUCCUUAAGAGAGGAAGACUUCAUUAGUGAUAGAGAGAAGGACAUGUUGAUGGCUCCAUCAUAUUCAAGCAAUUUAUCUGUCAUUCAGUGGCCACCUUUCCUCCUUGCUAGCAAGGUACCUGCAGCUGUCCAUAUGGCCAUGAAUUCCAAAGAAGGGGAUGAGCAUGAGCUUAUUGAGAAAGUCAAACUUGAUCGAGACAGAUACAAUGCAGUUAUAGAAUGCUACGAAUCCUUGAUGAUUAUACUCAAUAGCCUUCUACUAGACUCUAACGAUCAGAAUAUUGUCAAUGAUAUUGAUAGAAAAGUGACUUAUAGCAUGAGAAAUAAAACAUUCUUGGAAGACUUCGAGAUGGCAGAAAUCGGCAAAGUAAGUGCUACAUUGGCAAAAUUGUUACAGCUGCUGAAGAGUGAACCUAUUAAUGAUGUUGAAGAGAGGAAAAUUGUUAAUGCCUUGCAAGAUUUUAUGGAAAUUACGACGCGUGAUUUCAUGAAAGAUGGACAGAGCAUUUUGAAAGAUGAGAAUGAGAGAAAGCAAAGAUUCAUGAAUCUAAAUAUUAAUAUGAUAAAGGAAGAUUCUUGGAGGGAGAAGUUUGUUCGGCUGCACCUAUUGUUGACUAUGAAGGAUUCUGCAUUGGAUGUCCCAACAAACUUGGAUGCUCGCCGUAGGAUCACCUUCUUUGCAAACUCGCUUUUUAUGAAAAUGCCAAGAGCACCGCGUGUGCAUGAUAUGAUUUCAUUUAGUGUUCUGACACCAUACUACAACGAAGAAGUACUGUAUUCAUCACAUGAACUGAAUAGAAAGAAUGAAGAUGGUAUCUCAAUUUUGUUCUACCUACAAAAGAUCUAUCCAGAUGAAUGGAAGAACUUCCUAGAACGUAUUGGAGUUGAGCCAGAUAAUGAAGUGUCAAUAAAAGGGCGCAUGGAUGAUAUCCGUUUAUGGGCAUCUUACCGUGGUCAAACGCUUGCCAGAACUGUGAGAGGAAUGAUGUACUAUAGACGAGCUCUUGAACUACAAUGCUACGAGGAUAUGAUAAAUGACCAAGGUUAUGGCUUAGCUGAUUUGGAUAGAGCUAAAGCUGCAAGGUCCAAGGCCAUUGCUGAUAUUAAAUUCACUUAUGUUGUCUCCUGUCAACUCUAUGGCGUGCAUAAGGCAUCCAAGGAUUCUCGAGAAAAAGGUCUCUACGAGAAUAUCUUAAACCUCAUGCUGACGUAUCCAGCAUUGCGCAUUGCUUACAUCGAUGAGAAAGAAGUACAAUUACAAAAUGGUAAAAUAGAGAAACAAUAUUACUCUGUUCUUGUGAAAGGUGAUGAUGAGGAAAUCUACCGGAUAAGGCUCCCUGGUAAACCAACAGAAGUUGGAGAAGGCAAGCCUAAUAAUCAAAAUCAUGCCAUAAUCUUCACUAGAGGAGAAGCACUUCAAGCAAUUGACAUGAACCAGGAUAACUAUCUAGAGGAAGCAUUUAAAAUGCGAAAUCUCUUGGAAGAGUUCCUUCUUACACAUGGAAAGUCGGAGCCCACCAUAUUGGGUGUUCGGGAGCAUAUAUUUACAGGAAGUGUUUCAUCCCUCGCCUGGUUUAUGUCCAGCCAGGAGACCAGCUUCGUCACUAUUGGACAACGUGUUCUUGCCAAUCCUCUUAAGGUACGAUUCCAUUAUGGCCAUCCUGAUGUUUUUGAUAGACUCUUUUACCUGACAAGGGGUGGCAUAAGCAAGGCAUCAAAGGUUAUCAACCUUAGCGAGGAUAUAUUUGCAGGGUUCAAUUCAACCCUGCGUCGAGGAAAUGUUACGCACCAUGAAUACAUACAAUUGGGCAAAGGACGUGAUGUUGGAAUGAACCAAAUAUCCAACUUUGAGGCCAAGGUGGCAAACGGAAAUGGCGAACAAACACUAUGUCGUGAUAUUUAUCGACUAGGACACAGAUUUGAUUUCUACAGGAUGUUGUCUCUGUAUUUUACCACAGUUGGCUUCUACUUCAACAGCAUGGUGGCUGUUCUCACAGUGUAUGUAUUUUUAUAUGGGAGGUUAUACCUUGUUUUGAGUGGCUUAGAAAAGUCAAUACUCCAAGAUCCAAAUAUCCAAAACAUCAAACCGUUUGAAAAUGCACUUGCUACUCAAUCUGUAUUCCAACUUGGGAUGUUGCUCGUUCUCCCAAUGAUGAUGGAGGUUGGACUGGAGAAAGGAUUUGGCAGAGCACUGGCAGAGUUUGUGAUCAUGCAACUUCAGUUAGCUCCUGUAUUCUUCACUUUUCAUCUUGGAACAAAGACUCACUACUAUGGCAGGACAGUACUUCAUGGUGGAGCAAAGUAUAGAGCUACUGGGAGAGGAUUUGUUGUGCGGCAUGCGAAGUUCGCUGAGAAUUAUCGGAUGUACUCCCGGAGUCACUUUGUGAAAGCACUGGAGCUGCUUAUUCUUUUGGUUGUUUACCUAGCAUAUGGGAGUUCAUACAGAAGCUCAAGUUUGUAUCUGUACGUCACAGUUUCGUUAUGGUUCCUUGUUUUCUGUUGGCUGUUUGCACCUUUUGUCUUCAACCCAUCCUGCUUUGAGUGGCACAAGACUGUUGAUGACUGGAUUGACUGGUGGAAGUGGAUGGGCAAUAGAGGUGGUAUUGGAUUAGCACCUGAGCAAAGUUGGGAGGCUUGGUGGGUGAGUGAACAUGACCACCUGAGGAAUGCAACAAUUCGAAGCUUGCUCUUGGAGUUCAUCCUUUCCCUGCGAUUCUUGAUCUAUCAAUAUGGUAUUGUUUACCACUUGCACAUAGUGCAUGGCGACAAAAGCUUCUUGGUUUAUGCACUGUCAUGGCUGGUUAUAGCAGUUGCUCUUGUGUCGCUAAAGGUUGUUUCAAUGGGAAGAGAGAAGUUUGUUACAAGGUUUCAACUAGUGUUCCGCAUCCUCAAGGGCAUUGUGUUCCUUGUGCUCAUCGGUUUGCUUGUCCUUUUAUUUGUUGGUUUUGAUCUCGCUGUCGCGGACGUUGGAGCCAGUAUCUUGGCAUUCAUUCCCACUGGCUGGUUUAUUCUUCUGAUUGCGCAAUUAUGUGGACCGCUGUUUCGGAGGUUGAUCAUAGAUCCACUUCACUUGCUAUGCUGCCCAUAUGGUACUGGUGGUGCAUGCAGAGGUCCUUGCUGUGCCAAGUUCAGGCAGAGGACCGGUGCUGCGCUUAGGAAGAUGGGACCAUGGGACUCCAUCCAGGAGAUGGCGAGGAUGUACGAGUACACCAUGGGGUUCCUCAUCUUCCUGCCCAUUGCCGUGCUGUCGUGGUUCCCCUUCGUCUCUGAGUUCCAGACACGGCUGCUCUUCAACCAGGCCUUCAGCAGGGGGCUGCAGAUCUCUAGGAUCCUCGCUGGCCAGAACGGUAGUGGCACAAAGAGCGACUGA